GCCAGGUACCGGACGUCCGCUGGGGACCGGUCGUCCGGUGUCUCAGGAGCUGCCGGCCGUCCGGUGUCCUCCGGUCGUCCGCUGGUUCUGCUCUGUGAUGGGGGUGCCGGACGCCCGGUAGCUCCGGACUUUCGCUGAUGUUGGCGCGGGUGCUGGUGCGCCGGUCGUCCGGUCCGGACCGGACGUCCGCUCGUUGGGGUUCGGCUCAGGCUUCAGGCGCCGGGCGUCCGGUCCCGGCCGGUCGUCCGGUGGCUUGGGCUUUUCCUUCAGCCCUCCCUCUUCUCCGUCUUUUCGUCCAUCUUUCUCUUCUUUUUGUCCUUACUCCUUAGCUUCUCCCUGGUGCCUGAGUAUGCACAAAGUGUCCAUAUGAGGUAGUAGCCAUGCUUCAUGUUCAUCGAAGUGGAAUUGUGAGAGGAGAGAUGUCAUCUCGGUUUCAAGAGCUCUUACACGUGAUCGAGUCAUGGGUCUACUAGGCACUUCAUGAGACGAUGGUAGGUCCAUGGGGAUGACCUUAGGAUGCUCCGCAUCAGGUCCGAAUUGAAUAUUGAUUAAUUUUAGGGCGGCGGCGCCAUGUUGAGGGUUCAUGUUCUUGUACUGCUGGUACCACAGUUAUGCACUGCUCGUUAGGUGGAAGAAGGCGAUGCUCACCUUCUCUGUGAAGGCCGUGCGCUACGUCUUGAAGAAUUGGUUGCACCGGCUCAGCCAGACCAACAGGUCAACUUCCCCAUCAUAGGUGGGAACUCCAUCUUAUAGAAGCGUGUGGGAUGGUCAUCCAUUGCCUUGGGGUUGGUUGUAGGUGGGGAAAGUAGCCUGCUGUGCCCCUUGUCAUCAGCGUGGGUGUUGGAUUCUGGCUGCAUGCUGUUCUCUGCUGAUGGCCAGAUUGCAGGCACAAACUUGCUGGCUGGUGUUGGUGUAGGUGCUUCGUGAUGGGGAUAAAGGUGUAGUCGAUCUUGGUGACAUGUUCAUUGGUAGCGGCCAUGACCGAGUGUUGAGUUGCGAGUCCUCACCUUGAUGUAACUCUGGCUCGUGUAUUGCGGCGCACCUCACCAGACAGCGUCUUGCCUUCCCUCUUCUAGUUCUAGGUCAGCCACCACAUGGGCUUGGGGUCUAUGGGCCAGAGUGGUGAUGGGCCAGGCCCAUACCGAUUCAACACUCCCCCUCAAGAAGGGUGGUAAAUAUCGAUCAUCCCCGUCUUGUCACAUGCCAAGUUACAGUCCUUUAUUCCUAAUCCCUUUGUCAAGCAAUCUAGAAGAUGCUGCUCAUCCCCUUCAUGUCAUGCGAAGUUAGUGACAUGAAAUUUUGACCAAAAAUUCGGAAGUGUCCAGAAAGAUUGGCCACUUGGCCAGACCAGUUAAUCAAUGUAGCAGCAGCCUGACUGGUUUGGUCACCGGCCUGGUUUAAAAAAAAUAUGAUACUCGUACAUCAGUCACUAACGGUUCUUGUUUCAAGGGUGAAUUGGAUACCAGCAUUUUGACAAGUUGCCAAUAUAUUACUCCCUCCGUCCCAAAAUAAGUGUCUCAACUUUGUACUAAGUUUAAUACAAAGUUGUACUAAGGUUGAGACACUUAUUUUGGGAUGGAGGGAGUACUAAAUUGUGCAUCCCAGAGUCCUAUUUUGCUGGGACAACUAUGUCCGCAGCGAAGGUCAUAAUGUUAUGCACCCCGAAAAUGCACGCAUCAAUGGCGACUGAACCUUGAACAAAUCUGAUGGUAAUGUGCUGUUUAAAUUUUGUGUUGGAAUCAUGAAUAAACUAGAAGACAACAUGUAGUCUGGCUUACAGAGUAUAUCCAUUUAGCAGAGCAUACUAGGCAGCACAGUUAUUUACAUUGUUUCUAUAUAAUUGUCAGAUUGUUUCAAGUUUAUUUUAUUUUUUCCUACUUUCAGGGUAUUGCAGAGUCUUGAAACUGAAUUUGCAGGUUUAAAGGAGGAAAUGUCAAAAAUGACAGCACCAUUGGCAGAACUGAAACCUUCUGAUCAGAGAAAGUACAACACACGAAAAAGGGAGGUUAGAUGCAGAAUCAAGAAGCAGGAAAAGUUAAUGAAAGGCAUCUCUACGGUACUUUCUGCUUUUCAGCAAGCACUUGAUAAAGUUUCUACCAUUGAAGGAGUUGCCCUGAUCCUGGGAGGGAGUCUUGUACGACCUUUGUUUGUCUAUGACAUUACAGUUACUCAUGGUAGAUUUGAUUCUGGAAGUGCCAAAGGGCAUGGUACAACAAAGUUAGCUCAGUCUGUUUCUCGAAAGGCCGUCCGAGCUCUUAUAUCAUGUGGUGCAGGGAGUUUAUCUUACACAGGCCCUACCAAGCUGUUUCUGCUGGUUAGAUGUCCCUGUACAUUGAACAUACCCCUGGAUUUCGCGCCAAAACGGGAAUUCCGUUACAGUAAGAAGCAGGUUGUACCCCAGCAAAUGUCUAUAAAAUGCAAUACAGCAUACUACCAAAAGAAUAAUAAGCAUGUUGCAUCAAUCGUGGAUCCGUCAUGUUGUACUUCAGAAUCUUCUCCGUCAGAUGUUAUCUGGUUCCAGUGCAAGCACACGAUAAGAGGGUUACCAUGCAAGGCGUCAUUAGAAGGAUGAUGAUCCGCUCAUUUUCAUUAUCCUACAAUCAUGUAUGUUACAACUGGAAAAUGCUGUAGUGAGGUGAACACCGACCCUGACCUCAGCAAUCUUCAAUCCUAAAUUGGUCCUCCCCCCUUUUCUGUAAGUGUUCACCAAGGAUCAGCAUUCUUCAAUCUUAUAUCCCGCCCCCCUCCCCCCUUAUGUUCGUCUGCACUGAAAUGGUUUGGUGCUCAAUGAAAAUAUUUUGUUUCCCGUGUGGGCCAUCUA